UUCCCUCCUCCUUCCCCUCACCUUCUUCCUUACCAGCUCCUCUCGUCCGGUGCCAGACUGAGCUCGGGCUGAUCUCAGCUCACACCAGCAGACCCCACAGCUGCCCUUAGGAGCCCAAACACCAGCAGCCAGAGGGAAGGCCCAGGAGCUGCCUGCAGCCAUGUCAGCCCUCAGCCUGGUCAUCCUGGGCCUGCUCACGGCAGUGCCAUCUGCCAGCUGUCAACAAGGCCUGGGGAACCUGCAGCCCUGGAUGCAGGGCCUUAUCGCCGUGGUCGUGUUCCUGGUCCUUGUUGCAAUUGCCUUUGCUGUCAACCACUUCUGGUGCCAAGAAGAGCCCCUGAGACAGAAUACCAAAGCGGACCUGGGGCAACUGCUGAGUUUCAUCUGGGACCCACUAAAGUCUGAGGAGCCAGUGGGAUUUCCAAGGAAAAAUGAGCAGCAGUAAGGCUCCCUGUGACCCUCAUAAAAGCAGUUUCCAGUAAGGUGUGGGCAGAGGCCACACACAGUGGGUUUAAACUUACAUAAGAGGCCAGGAGCUUUUCCCUGCAAGGGUUACCUUUCUCCACUGACUCAGCUCUGUCUUCAGUGGCUGCUGACCAUGCCACUUCUGCUGCCCAGGAAAGGCCUGUGGAGAUCUGGGCAGACCCUGAGUUCUGCUGGGUCUGUUCUGGGCUGAGCUGAGGCCAGAAGAACAGUGAGGGAGACUGGGAAGGGCCUCGGAUCAAUUUCUUGCUACUCGUGGGCUGGGGCCUGAGGCUGCCACUGUGGAGCAGGGACAAAGGUGUAAGAGUCCAGGGAGGGGGCCAGAAUUGGGUGUGGACAGGGGCUUCUGCCAAGGGGCAGCAACCUCUGCCCUUGGACUUGUGAAAACCAGAGCCCAGAACAGGGCCUUGUUGGAUGUGG